AUGGAGAACAACACCACUGCGGACGCGCAACCGCCCUCUGACACGCCCAACAAGAAGGGACGCCGCAGCAAGAGGGAUGCCGGAAGCGAGGACUCUAAGAAGCGCCGCUGCAUCUCGUCCGCCUGCGUGCCAUGCAGGAAGCGCAAGUCCAAGUGCGACGGUACCACUCCCGCCUGCUCUGCAUGUGCCGCCGUCUACAACACGCCGUGCAUCUACGACCCCAACUCGGACCACCGCCGCAAAGGCGUCUACAAGAAGGACAUCGACAAUCUCAAGACGCGUAACUCCACCCUCCAGACGCUUAUCCAGGCUAUCCUGAACUAUCCGGAAGAGGAAGUCGCCGACCUCGUACACCAGAUACGGACAUGCGAGAGCCUGGACUCGGUUGCGGAGGCUAUCAUAGCGAAGGAGAAUGGCGAAGACGACGAGGAUGAGCCCAUCAGUCCGAUCACAACGCCCACCAUGGCGCCGGCAAAGGGCACAUUCGAGAGUCAGCUGAGCGGGAAGAUGGGCGAGCUGCGACUCGAAGAUGGAUCGACCAGAUACAUUGGCGGCACAUCGCAUCUCAUAUACCUGGGCCAAGGCAACGACCCUGCGGAAUCGCCGGACACGUACUCUGAAGACCAGUACCAGGAGGCGCAGGACCCGUUCUGCUCGUGGACGACUGUCACCUCGGACCCGGAGCUUGUGCAGCAUCUUAUCAGCAUGUACUUUUGCUGGCACUACAGCUUCUUCACUACGCUGUCGAAAAAUCUCUUCCUGCAAGAAUUUCAACAAGGCAAACCGCAGCUGGGAUCCGGGAGGAAAUCACAAUACUGUUCGCCGCUACUAGUCAAUGCUAUGCUAGCACUGGGGUGUCACUUCACAUCGUGGCCUGCAGCCCGGGCAGUCCGCGACGACUCUGCCACGGCAGGCGACCACUUCUUCAAGGAAGCUAAGCGGUUGAUCAUGGAGGACGAUUUGCACGAGAUGCCAGCUUUGACGACUGUACAAGCUCUAGCAUUGAUGUCUGUACGGGAAGCAGGUUGCGGGCGGGAAGCAAAGGGUUGGGUCUACAGUGGCAUGUCGUUUCGCAUGGCCUGCGACCUCGGCCUGAACCUCGGUAUGCACAGCAAAGACACCAUCGAUGACAACGAAGAGGACGCGCGGCGGAUCACAUUCUGGGGCUGCUUCUUGUUCGACAAAUGCUGGAGUAAUUACAUGGGACGAUUGCCGCAACUACCCAACACGAUCCUUACAGUGCCGAAGUUCGAAGUCUUUCCCAGCGAGGAUGCAGAAACGUGGAGCGCAGUCACCGACUCCGGUCUCAGUCAAGCACACUCUCAGCCAAGUCGGACGCGUGCAGUCGCUCUCCAGAUAUCCAAGCUUUGUGAGAUCUCCAGCGACCUCAUGAACUCCUUCUACAACCCGAUCGAUAUGGACAAGGUCAAGGGCAGACAGGCGGAGCUGAAGAAGCUGAGCGAGAUACACAUGCGUUUGGAGACUUGGAGAAGGGACUUACCAAAGGAGUUGGAGCCGAAGGAGGGCGGCUUGCCGCACAUGCUGGUCAUGCACAUGUUCUUUCAGUUAUUGUAUAUCCAUCUUUUCCGACCGUUCCUCAAGUACAAUCCGAACAACUCGCCACUGCCCGCAAGUGUAUCGCCGAGGAAGCUAUGCACACAAGCUGCUGCCAUGAUCUCGAAGUUGCUCCGACUAUACAAGCGAUCGCAUGGCUUGCGCCAGAUAUGCAACAUCUGUGUCUACAUCACGCACUCGGCAUGCACCAUACAUCUUCUCAACCUACCAGAGAAGAAUGCGAAGCGCGAUAUAAUACACGGUGUCAAGCAUCUCGAGGAGAUAGCGGAAGGCUGGCUUUGUGCUCGUCGGACGCUCGGCAUUCUCAGCGUCCUGGCCAAACGCUGGAAAGUCGACCUGCCCGAAGAAGCUGCCACAGUACUGUCCCGCACAGAUACCAAGUAUGGCCCCUGGAACGAGAUCAGCACGCCGAAAGCAAUUCGCCGUGGAUCCGUACAGAUGAGAGAUCAGCAUCCGUCGCCUGCGAGCCAGACAUCACCCAGCCUCCAGCCAUACAGCAUGAACAUGGCCAACAUGGCAACACCCCAGUUCUUUGCCCAAGCCACAGCCAACACUUCCAGUUCCGUAAGCAAUGAUCCUUCCACGCGCCCCUCCAGCACCCACACCAUACCUCCUUCCGACGCAAACGCCCUGGCUUACAUGCGCAAUCAGCACCAGGUCAGCACACCACAGAACUCAUCAAACUCUCUCAACGCACCAACACCGGCGUCCACACAAGGUCGGCGAUCCGUUGAUGGCCAGACUACCGCCGGAAGCUCUCCAAGCCAACUCUUCGGCGGCGUCGACCAAUUAUUACGAGAAGGCCAAGACUGGAUCUACCGCGAUCAGACACAGCUCGCAACCGACUUUGAGAACUGGAAUCCUCAAGGAAUCGACGAUAUUGCGAACUGGUUUGCGAACACCACUAGCCCAGCGGGCGCGUUUCAGGGUAACACCAAUGCGCCUGUUAUGAGCAGUGAGAUGAGUGGAGGGCCUGUGGGUGGCAAUGGGGUCAAUGGGUAUACGAACGGGAAUACGAGUGCUGCUCCUGCCCCAAGUUUGAAUGGGUUCGGUGUAGCUGGAUUUAAUGGUAUGGGCAUGCAAGGGUUUACUUAUGAUGAGCAGAGCUGGUAUCAAUAG